GCGCUCGCUCGGGGAGGGGCGGGCGUGUGAGAUCAGCCUUGCCUCCCUCUCACGCCUCUCCAACAUUUAUUCCUUGAACAGCAUCCAACAUCAGUUUUAAACUCACUAAAAUGUAUAUCCCAAAAGGAUGAAAAUUCUUUCCACACGGAAAAGAUCUUCAGACUCCGGGUUCAGGAUACUGAUGCAGAGGCCUUAACCCACCAAUCCUAAAAAAUGCCUUAAACCAGCGUACAGCAAAGCUUAAACCAGUGUACACUGAAGCUUUAAACCAGCGCAAACUGAAGCUUUAAACCUGCAUACUGAAAAGUUUUAACCGAGCAUACAUCUGCCUUCUGGCUUCUUCGACAAUCAUCUCCAGCCCCGCAUACACAAUAAAGAUGUCAUCUGCCACCACUGAAAAUGGACCAGGACAGACCCAGAACAGUCGUGACAAAACGUUAAAGAAGCCCACCUCGUCAGCAUUGAGGGGUGCAAUUCAGCUGGGCAUCGGCUACACGGUGGGGAAUCUGACCUCCAAACCUGACAGAGAUGUGCUGAUGCAGGACUUCUACAUGGUGGAGAGUGUCUUCAUGCCCAGUGAAGGGAGUAACCUUACCCCAGCUCAUCACUAUCCGGACUUCCGCUUCAAGACCUACGCCCCCAUGGCCUUCCGUUACUUUCGCGAGCUCUUCGGGAUCAAGCCUGACGAUUACCUGUACUCCAUAUGUAACGAACCCCUGAUCGAGCUGUCCAACCCAGGAGCCAGCAGCUCUUGGUUCUACGUUACAAGUGACGAUGAAUUCAUCAUCAAGACUGUCCAGAACAAAGAAGCUGAGUUCCUUCAGAAGCUGCUGCCUGGUUAUUACAUGAACUUAAAUCAGAACCCAAGGACCUUGCUGCCAAAGUUCUAUGGGCUGUACUGUGUGCAGUCCGGCGGGGUGAACACGCGUCUGGUGGUCAUGAACAACGUGCUGCCGCGCGCCAUGCAGAUGCACUGCAAGUACGACCUGAAGGGCUCCACCUACAAACGCCGAGCCUCACGCAAGGAGAGGGAGAAGAGCAGUCCCACCUACAAAGACCUGGACUUCCAGGACAUGCACGAGGAGGGCCUCCACUUUGACCAGGACACCUACAGCGCCCUCACCAAAACUCUGCAGAGAGACUGCCGGGUCCUGGAGAGCUUUAAGAUCAUGGACUACAGUCUGCUGCUGGGCAUCCACGUGCUGGACCAGAGGCCCAAGAUCAGGGAGGCAGAACCUCAGACGGGCGGGGCAGGAGCAGGGGCAGGGGCAGCAGGCCUGACGAGGGGGCGGCCGCUGUCUCAGAAGGUGCUGUACUCCACUGCUCUGGAGUCCAUCCAGGGGGAUGGGAAAGUGGGCGAGGCUGUGACCACCGACGCCACUAUGGGAGGUAUUCCUGCCAAGCACAAAGAGGAGAAGCUGUUGAUCUUCCUGGGAAUCAUCGACAUUUUACAGUCCUACAGGUUUACCAAGAAACUGGAACACUCCUGGAAAGCUUUGGUCCAUGAUGGAGACUCCGUGUCUGUGCACCGGCCUGGUUUCUAUGCUGACAGGUUUAUGAAGUUCAUGAGCACCACCGUGUUUAAGAAGACUCCUGGCAUCCGCGGUGCUUCCUCCAAGAGGAAGAGGAGCUCGGUCCUGGCACAGAAGUCCGCCUCCCAGGAGCUGCUCUCCUCCCACAGGGAGGAGAAGAAGGAGGAGAGGAGAGAGAGACUGGAACGGGCGCGCAGCCUGGCGAGCCUCAGCGGACAGGUGCCCUACCCACGUCCUGACCAGGUUACACUCCCAAAGGGUCUGUACCGGGCCAUCUCCAUGGUACCCACAACUUCCUCCUCCCUGACGACCGUCAAUCAAAGUCUGGAGACUCUGAAGUCGAAGAGCAGCGGAGACAUCUCUCACCCCCCCCUCCCUUUGAAGGACAGCUCCUCCUCUUUGGGCUCCGCCCCCAGCAAGUCAGAUGGGGAGAAGAACGACGGGACAGUGCUGGACGAGUACUUUGUGAGUACCUGACCCACACUGUCCCAAUACCUCUACCUGUAACAUCAGAUAAGAUCCAUCACUGUCUCUGCCCCUUACUGUCGGGUUCCAGUGACCUGUGGAGCCAUCGGACUUCUUUCAAUCAACAUCAGUUGGCAUAUUCCACUCACAUUGUCAGUCAAUGCACUCCACCCAUUAAUCAGUCACUCAUUUCAGUCAGCAGAGGUCACACUAGAGCAGAGUAUACUCAUCUCACACUCACCUUACCCCGCUCUCACUCACCUCACCUCUCACUCACCUCACACUCACCUCUCACUCACAUACCACCUCACCUCACCCUUACCUCACCCUCACAUUAUACCACCUCACCUCACACUCAUCUCACACUCACCUCACCCUCACCUCACACUCACCUCACACUUACCUCACCCUCAUCUCACACUCACCUCACCCUCACCUCACACUCAUCUCACACUCACCUCACACUAAGGUGGCUCAGUAUACUCGCCUCACACCAUCUUUCUCAGUGUUCCUGGGCAAGAACAGGCUACAGUUCAGUUCAUAUGAUCAGACAGUUACAUGGUGUUACAUGUCGUCAUGUAUCCACUCUUUAAUAUUUACAUUUGUGGGUACUGUUUUAACACUGUUUCUUAGCACAUCAUACAACUAUAUUUAUGUAAGAAAAUAAAUGUCCUUUUUGUGCAUGUCUUAAAGAAUGUUUACAGUGACCGGUUGCCAAGCACAGUGUAGUUAUUGUCUCUUUGUAGGAGGUGUGAUGUCACUAGACCCCACCCUCUGAAGGGGCUGUCCUUUUGAAACAUUCUAAUUAAUUUAAGUACUUUUAUGAAGUCAAAGCAGGACAUUUGAAAACAAAUAUCAGAACAUACACUCAGUGAGCACUUCAUUAGGUACUUAUUAGACAUAUUUUUUAGACUUAAUAGGCUGUAGCCUAUCCACUUAGAGGUUUUAUGCAUUGUGUGUUCAGAGAUGCUCUUCUGCAUACCACUGUUGGUUAUUUGCGUUACUGUCACCUUCCUGUCAGCUUCAACCAGUCUGGCCCUUCUUCUCUGACCUCUCUCAUUAACAACGUGUUUCUGCCCACAUAACUGCUGCUUACUGCACGUUUUUUUUUUCUGCACAAUUCUCUGCAAACUCUAAAGUCUGUUGUGUGUGAAGAUCACAGGAGAUUAGCCGUUUCUGAAAUACUCAAAGCAACCUAUCUGGCACCAACAAUCAUUCCACAGUCAAAAUCACUUCAAUCACAUUUCUUCCAAAUUUUGACAUUUGGUCUGAAAAACAGCUGAACCUCUUGACCAUGUCUGCAUGCUUUUUUGCAUUUAUUUGCUGCCACAUGAUUUGCUGAUUAAAUAUUUGCAUUAAUAAGCUGGGGUCAGGUCUACCUAAUAAAGUGCUCAGUUAGUGUAGUUUGUAAAAACACCAUCUACUAACAUUUUUUCAGUAUUUAAAUAUCUGCAAAAGUUAUUUUUCAAUAUUAUUGAACAGAUGAGGUGGAUUCAUAGAUACAAUAGUGCAUUCAUGAAAGUAUCCUCAGAAUAAUGUGUUUGUAUUUGAUUCAUUAUCUCAGUUAAAUUAUCUUUGAAUCUUUGAUCAAGCUGUUUUGUUUUUGAGAGUAAUUUAUUGAAUAAAUAAACAUGGUACUGCAGAUUGUGAAAAUGCAAAGAAAAGCUGUCUGUAUAAUAAAUAAAUAACUUAUUUGAACUCA